AUGCCCGCUGUGUCUUCCGCCCAACUCAUGAGCCGAAUUGUCAGCGACGCUUUGGCGACAUCAAACUAUCUCUUUGCAAGAAACGAUUCGAAUUCAACUGAGCCUGGAAUAGAGGUUGUCUGUGCCUGGCCUGUAUCUGGCCAAUAUGGGCCAGGCUCUCGAAUCUUAUACUAUGUUCUCAUAGCCGCAUGUGUCCUCGCGCGCAAGUCAGAAUGGAUCAAAAAUGCCUGUAUUGCAGCGGCUUUGCUGUUGCCAGCGGUGGCUGCCCUUCAUGGCAUUGCACUAGCAGCAUUCCACCGAGACGGAUUGCUAAGCUUAACCGUCGAGUUUUACAGAGCUAGGUCUAUUACCUGCUCUGGGGUAUACAAUGGAAUUCCCAUCCCAGCAAGCGCCGAAGACUUUCCCUAUGACAAACAGCCGCAAUGUGGAAUGAAUUGUACCGACACGACUGGACCGCAAUCGCCAAUGCGGGGGGGUGCGGCAAACAACAAAUAUGUGAUCCCAGCCCCGGACAAGCUUACAUUUGGCACCGCAACACUCCUAAGUGCAGCAUGCUGUGUUCACGCUAUUCUGUGGUUGGCAUCCAUGAUGGAUAAGAUAUUGGAGAUUAAUUUCAAGUCGAGAUUCGGAUUCGGACCCAAUACCGAUUUGCGCCUCGAUAAGCCCAUUCAGGGCACCAAUGGAGCCACUGUGGGCAAGAUGAACAGAGUUAAUGAGACUAUUCGAAUUUUUAUAAGCGUGGCAAUAGUCCCUAUUUUUGCAGGCGCUGGACUGGCGAUUUUGAUUAUUGGAGAAACAAACUUUUUCAGCCGUCAAGUGAGGUAUGAGAAUGAACCAAUGGCAAGCAUUGGUCAAUGGGGGCCAAUUGUUGGUACAGGGCUUGCCAUUGCCGGCUCGUUAUAUCUCCUCUUGGCAGCAGAUCUGGAAGAAGUCGGGAAUGGCACUCAUUCUGUGGUGGAGGAGUGCCAGUGUAAAUGUUCCCAUCACCCGUUACCAGAAUCCGGGAUUCUUAGACCAACAAGCCAAGUUCCAAGUAGCAGAGACUCUGAAAGCAUGCGCAGGGCUGUGGAUCAUUCACCACCGCCACCCGUAAUAGAAUCUUUCUCGGGAAUACACCAUCCUUCGUCAACAACGUCCGGCUCUCUUCACGAGAUGGACACACGGGAAGGAGCACCUUCAAAACGAUACAGCUUUGCAACGAUAAAGCAUGCCGUUACUGGACAAACAACCACCGCUUCAAUCACUGGGACUAUGGAAGCAGGGAGUCGCCAUAGGGUAGCAGAGUUUUUGACUUCUGUUGGUCAAACCCUAGGCACAGCAACACAAGGCUCAUUUGACCUUUCAAAGUUCAGAGACGGCCCGGCUCUCGACUUUCCGGAAAUCCCAGGAGAAAGGGAAAGAAAUCGCGAUCUAAACCGAGUAAAGGAAAUUUACAGCCAACGACUACAGCCUGAUGGCACUCGUGCGGUUUACGCAUCUCGCUCAAGAGCAAGCAGCUUCAAUGAAGAUGGACCGUCUGGCCACGCGCUUGAUGGCCUGCGUACGUCCCGCGAUAAAUCGCCACUACCGCAUCUGUCGCGAUCGGCCUCACCAGUAGCCUCUGGACCUGGAGCUUUCCGACAGCGUGUAAGCACUCUACCAGUUAGCGAGCCCAGCUCACAUGAGCUACAUGCUGUCGCUUCUCUACCAACUGCGUCCGGUGGAAACAGAGGCAGACAGAGGGUACGUAGAGACACUCUAGAAGUGCCCGCUCCAGUGCAUUUUACCCCCCAUCAACACACCUCGCUUACGGGAGAGGAAACGAUAACGGGAACAUCUUCUUCCUCCCCUCAUCAUUCGUUACCCCUAUGCAAUACAUCCGCUAUCGCGAGCGGUGCAUUAUGCCCAGAGUCGGGCACGAGAACACCAGAUGCCGCAACACCAACCUCAUCACCACCCCUGAACAAACACCAUUCUUCAUGA